GAGAAAGAUGACUGCCGAUAGAGCUCGCACUACUGCUCGUCGGAGAGGUCGAGGAGGCGGCCAUGUCUCGCCGGGAACGGGAGCGCGAUGGCCGGGACUCUCAUAGCAAGCGCUUCCACUCGAGGUCCGAGAGGGAGCAUAGGUCUGAUAGGGAUUCAAGGCCGGACAGAGGACCUAGUCCUAAGAAGGUCAGAAGAGAUGGCAAACCAGCAACUGAGAGAAUACAUGCCAGCGAUAGCAAUUUGGAUACUGUAGGCUUGACUGAUCCGGAUCUAAAGCAGCAUAGACGGUUGAAAGAUCCCUUGCCACUUGAGGACCUAGCAACUGAGAAAAAGGCGGAGCCUGAAAUUAUGAAAAAGGUACCAGAUAAAAAUGUUGAGGAGCUAUCUCACAAACAUCUGUCUGACCCAGCUGAAAUACCACGAUCUAAGGGCUAUUUUCAGCACGAUGAGCGUGGCAGUGCUGGACAUGGUGGUCGAACCUUCAUCCAUAAAGCUACUGAUCAUGGAAGGUGGAGUGAAAGGAAGGAGCAACCAAUGGAAAGGGCUAGAGACAGAACAGACACCAAAGACACACAAAGGAAAGAUGAGAAAGCUCCGUCUCGUGGAGACGAUAAAAGUGUUUGGAGGCAUGAUGGGUUUUAUGAAUUGGAGACAGAUGCACCGCCUGCCAGGAAAAGACCUGCAUUUAGAGAGCAGAAAAUGCCUGUAGAAACUGAGCCAGCUGCAGCUGAGAUGAGUAAGCAGCCAGCACUAGAUACUGGAAUAAAAGAAGAAAGAGGUCAUUACUCUCACGGGCUCGACAAACCGGGGAGACCUUAUCCAAGAGUUGAUGAAAGAUAUGCCAAGAGAGGGGAUGGAUCUUAUUAUCGAGAACAAAGGCCUGGAUAUCAGUCAAGAAGGGAUAGGUAUGGUGGUGGUGGUGGUGGUGGUGGCAUGAGAGGAAGAGAUCGGUUCAAUGGACGGUAUGCAGAGAGAAGAAUGCAGUACCCCGGUGAUGUUCAGCCGGAGAAAUGGAAGCAUGACCUGUUCGAUGAGGCAAAUAAGAGCCCGGCUCAGAAGAACGAAGAGGAGCAAAUUGCAAAGGUAGAAGCGCUCUUGUUGUUGUAGUAUUUACUAGACGAAGAUUUAUGUUUGCUGCUUAAUAUGUUUUGAUUGGCCCUGAUGUUUUCUUGUUCCAAAGUUCAAAUGUUGGGUUUAAACUUGAGUUUUGUUUC